AUGUCGGCCGACAAAGGGUCCAAGGAAUGGGGGGUAUCCCAAAGGAACACCUACUCGCGAAUUGCAAAAAAGCAGACCCUUAUGAACUUUAACAGAAUUACGAGUAGUACUAUUGUAGCACUAUGGACUACCAAUAGUCUUGUCAAUAUGAGUUGUCAUUAUCGUGAGAAAGGAAAAAGGACAAAGUUAACCACCACAAAGUAUCCCUCAUCGUAA